GAAACAGCGUUUCCCCGCAGUAUAAACUUGACAGAGCUGAGGAUUAGGUAUGUACCGUCUUGUCAUGCCAGAAUAAACAAUAACUGAAGCCGAACCACUGCUCAGCCUUCAUUUUAAACAUGGAGAAGAAGAAAGAGGAGACCGUCACGGUUAAACGGAGCAGUUCGGAGCAGAGGAAGCUGCGCUCUCGUGAUGCAGCCAGGUGUAGGCGGAGUCAGGAGACGGAGGUGUUUUAUGAGCUCGCCCACACUCUGCCUCUCCCCCGCCGGGUGUCCACCCACCUGGACAAAGCUGCCAUCAUGAGAGUCACCCUCAGCUUCCUGCGCAUGCGCCAACUCCUGCGACCUGGUGAGAAUCUGAAAAAGGAGCCUGAAGAGGAGGAGGAGGAGGAGGAGGAGGAGGAGGAUCCAAUGGAUGCUUUCUAUCCUCAGUCGUUGGCUGGAUUCGUCAUGGUGAUGACCGAGGAGGGUGAUAUGAUCUACCUGACGGAAAACGUCAGCAGACACAUCGGCAUCACACAGCUGGAGCUGCUCGGUCAGAGUGUUUAUGACUUUGUUCAUCCCUGUGAUCAGGAGGAGCUCAGAGAUCUGUUGGCUCCACGUCCAGGUUUGAGUAAGAAACUGUCGACAGAACAGCAGAGCGAGAGGAACUUCUUCCUGCGAAUGAAAAGCACACUGACCAACAGGGGGCGCACUGUCAACAUCAAGUCUGCCACCUGGAAGGUUCUCCACUGUACAGGUCACAUGCGUCCCUUUGGUGGCAGCUCCACGUCGCCCCCUACAGCCAGAGUCAUGACCUUGCUGUGCGAGCCCAUCCCUCAUCCGUCCAGCGUGGAGUUCCCUCUGGAUACCUGCACCUUCCUUACCCGCCACAGCAUGGACCUGCGCUUCACACACUGUGAGGGCAGGGUUACAGAGUUGGUGGGAUACAAACCUGAUGAUCUGAUUGGUCGCUCAGCCUACGAGUUCCAUCACGCCCUCGACUCUGAUCACGUCAACAAAAGCCUGCACACCCUGCUGUCCAAAGGUCAGGUGAGCACCAGCCACUAUCGUUUCCUGGCAAACAGCGGCGGCUUCGUCUGGGCAGAGACCCAGGCGACCGUCCUCUACAGCAGCAAGACGUCGCAGCCCGAGGCCGUCGUCUGCCUCAACUUCAUACUCAGUUCCGUGGAGCAGCCAGACGUUGUCUUCUCUGUUGAGCAGACCCGUUGUGGCCAUCCCUCUAAAGCCGAAGCCCUCUCACCAGCGCUUGCACCAGCGGCUCCUGAUGUCUGUGAGUCUGACAGUGAGCGUGACGCCAGCUCCAGUCAGACUGAGGACGCAGGUUCGAAUCCCAGCUGCGCCGCAGAUCUCUUCUUCAAACUGAAGGAGAAGCCGGAGGAGCUUCUCCAGCUGGCUCCAGAGGCUGGAGACACCAUUGUACCGCUGACAGGAGGAUGUGUGGAGCUGUCAUUCGUCAGUCCUCCCAGUCCGGACUCGGUGCCGGACCACCCUCAGGAUCUGUGCACUCCACAACUGCGACAGCUCCUCACACCCAUCUUCAACUCCAUCACGCCACCUCCAUCAUCAUCACCAGCCUCCUCACCUGAGCGUGAGCUGAGCUCCUCUGAGGGGGAAGAGGAAAUGAUGGACACAAGCGAGGUGGAGAAGUUCUUUGCCAUUUGGUCCGAAGAUGAACAGCAGAAAGGAGAAACACUGGAGAACAUGGAGGGGAUGGAUCUGGACAUGUUGGCUCCUUACAUCUCUAUGGACGAUGACUUCCAGCUGACCUUCCUCAGCAAUUUGCCAGAGGAGACCAACAAACUUUCGUCCUCUCCGUCUCAACCUUCGACUGUGACAGCUGCAGUCACAGUGAGCAGGAAACGGACACAUAAUCCAGAUGAAGAGAUGCCGUCUCAGCUAAUGAUUCAGGACAAGAGACAGAAACAAGAUCCUUCCUCAAUAGAAGAGGAACUUCUCCUCAGCCACAGAUUACUAGACUGUCUGGAGGAAACUGACCAGCCAGAUCUGAUCUUAGACCCAGACCCAGGGUGUCGGAGUCAGCUACUCACAGACAGAGACCCUAUUUUAGGAGGCAUGUCGGGACUCUGCGAUACUGCAGCUCUGAUGAGUGACAUAUUCGUACCUCGCCCCCCUGACCUGUCACCACCUCUCUCGCCUAUGACUUGACGGAGUUCCUGUCAAUCGAGGGUUGACUCGAUUUCUCCACUCACAGUGAGGAAGUCGAUACCGGAUCUGUCUACAGACACUGCAGCCUGAGCGCACACAUGCAAACGCAACACACCACAAACAUGUAUGCACAUGAAUAUAGACACGCGCUGCAUAACCAUGCUGUUCGACCGGACCUCAUUGCUUGUAGCAGAACCAGGACAGUCACUCAUGUUGUGUUUCCUCUUCAGUCUCUCACUGUGAAACAAGAGCCAAUGAUGUGUUAUUGAUCAGGCAGGAAAAAGUCAAACUGGUGGUGCUUCAAUCCACGUCCUCUAACCUCGGUCAUGUGUUUUCCUUCUAUAUUUACACUUAAUCGCUGUUUUAAUGUGAGAAAUCAUUGUGGUCAGUCUGGAAACAGGAGGUGGUGCUAAAAAGAAUUCAUGCAAAGGAUGUGAAAGAUAGAAAAUCUCACAGUGAGACAAAUCUGGAAAUGUAUUUCUCUGUGCAGCUAAAUUUAGCACAGCUUUCAAGUGUAUCACAUUUGAUCUGUCUGUUCUAGUGCUUCUGUCGUCAUUGAAACAUGUAAAGCCUGUGCAGGAAUUCCCAUAAUGCUCUGCUUCCAUUUUGAGCCAAUAAUUGCUGAGUUUUUCUGCCAUUAUUCUUUUCACGUUUAAACAAUCAAUCUCACUGCCGUGUUCUUCUAAACAAGUACACCAACAAAAAAAAACUUGCGGAUAUCAGUGGCAUCGUUUAUUUCAGUGGCAUAUUUUUACGUCUUUUUAUACACUUGUGCUAAAACUUUUUUUUUUUUUUUAAAUGACGCAUUUAUCAGAAAGUUCUCAACUGGGAUUUUUAUUACUGUGUUAUCUACAAAUCCAGAGUCAAAAAUCGUCUGCUAAUCAGACAUGGUGUUUGUUUGUCUUCCUGAGGUGCUUGGUGGGUGGGGUUUACCUUAUCGAACACUCCUUAUAAGCUAAUGUGAGGAGAUUAGUCACGGAAAAUUUGUCGUGAAUUGACUUUCUGUAAAAUGUUUGUGUUUUCUCUGUGGUCAACCCGCUGAGUGUGGCAUCAGAGUGGACUAAAGCAAACCAUGUAACAUGUUGAUCCAUGCAGAUUUGAUGCAGUUUGAUUGGACUUUCUCCUAAUUUUAGAUAUAGGAUUUGAUUAACUUGCAGUACUGAAGCAGUUAUCAUUAAUGAUACAAACAGUAGAGUCGGCUUGUUUAUGUACUCAUUAGAAAUGUAAUUAAACACUAGUAUUCAUGUUUCUGUCAUGUAUAAGUUUGAAUUUUAUGACUUGUAACAAAUUGUGCCUCAACGUAUAUAAGCUGAGAGUAGACUUGUAAUUUUCAGUUGCAGUGUUUGAUGGAAUAUUGUGAUGUUUCUUUACUGUCUGAGAUGUGGAGGAUUCUUUUUAUUAUCUACAAAACCCCUCAAACUGCCAACUCUGUUUGAAAAGUGCAACCUGUUCAAAUGAAAUGUAAAAUUGCAAUUUUUGCUUCUUUCAGAAAAUGUUACGUAGCUCUUCCAAAGCUCUCUGUGCCUUUUAUCAUCGAGGAAAAGACAUUUCAAUGAAGGUUUUUCUCCAUCCUGUUUGGCCUGCACCCACACACAGGAUCCUCUCUAAACGUCCCCACUGAUUUAAAAUGAGGGAGAAAAUUAUAUACUGUUAUGUUUUCUUUUAUUUUUACUGUUUAUCCUUUAUGCAUUCUUGAGCUAAAUAAAGCCGUUGAAGUACAA